UCAUAUGGCGCUCUACUGAAUGUCCCGGAUAUUCCUCGCGCCGGAAGAGAAGAGGUAUAUUUCCCAGCCAUCUUGUGGCAGUAUUUAGGGAAUUGUUCGCACCCAGUCUCUUAGAAUCGGAGGUCAAUCCCGCUGAAGGGGCGCCAUCAUGCCCGGACAACUGCAAGAAGGCUUCGGCUGCGUCGUAACGAAUCGGUUUGACCAGCUAUUGGACGAUGAAUCAGAUCCGUUCGAGGUGUUAAAGGCUGCGGAGAAUAAGAAGAAAGAGGCGGCCGCAGCUGGUAUCACCAAGUCUGCAGCCCAAGCCGCCAAGCAGCCCAAGAAAGAGUCACAGAAGGACAGGAAGAAUCCGCUCCUUGACAAGAAAGAUGAAACUCAGGCUCCAGUACCUCCGAAGAAAGAAGUUAUCAGGCGAGUGGGCCGGAGGCCGGACCAGCAGGGCCAGCCUGGCACCCAGGGCGGGCAGGGGGAAGGGCGGCCCACCGGCGACAGGAGGCCGGACAACAGGAGACCCCCACGCGAGCGUCGCUUCGACAAACCCCUCGAGGACAAACCCGAUGGCGGAGAGAGAGGAGAGUUCUCUGCAGACAAGCCUCUAGGAGACCGGCCCCCCAGAGGGCGUGGUGGCACCCGUGGUGGGCGUGGGGGACGGGGACGGGGCAUGGGCCGGGGCGACGGCUUCGACUCCCGCGGCAAACGGGACUUCGACAGACACAGUGGCGGCGACAAACCUCAGAAAUCUGAGGAGAAGCGCGGCGGGAGUGGCACACACAACCGGGGGAACCCCAAGGACGAAACGAGUGGUGAUGCUGAACAGACUACUGCCCCUGAGGAAACCCCUGAGGGUGAGGAACACCCUCCUGCUGACUCUGAGAAUAAGGAGAACGAAGUAGAGGAACCUAAGGAGGAGGGCCCCAAGGAGAUGACCCUGGACGAAUGGAAGGCCAUGCAGGACAAGGAGCGUGCCAAGGUGGAGUUCAACAUCCGCAAGCCCAAUGAGGGCGCCGACAGCAAGUGGAACAAGGGCUACGUGCUGCACAAGUCCAAGAGCGAAGAUGUCAGCGACGAAAAGCCUAAAGAUAGACCAGCUGUGAUUGAUACUCCAGAGAUUGAAGCAGACAUGACCCCCCUGUUCAAGGGAAACCCUGAUGAAAUCGGCCCGGACCACCACUUCCGCAAGCCCGCAAACGACAUCACGGCCCAGCUGGAGAUCAACUUUGGAGACCUGUGCCGCCCUGGGCGUGGGCGCGGGGGAGCCCGUGGAGGAAGGGGAGGCCGCGGUGGAGGAGGAGGCCGAUCCGACCGUCCGGCUCGGGCCGGGGGAGUUCGACCCGAAAAGCCGGGUGGAUUGUCUGUUCCCAACGUUGACGACCCAGAGGCCUUCCCGGCCCUGGCCUAAGACUUCAGCACCGCCACUAGCCCGCCCCGUCAGCGCCUCUGGCCACUCUGAGGCUUGCAUGCUUACAACUUCUUCAAGUAUAUGAGAGAAAAAAAAGAAAACGAUUUUAACGACGAAAAGAAGACAUCCAUACCAUUCACACCUGAGGACUGAAAUUUUAACCUGUUUUGAAAGGACUGAUAAAAAGACCAAAAAAAAGAGGAAAAAUGACUUCUCUUGUUACACUGAAGCAAGUUAUUGGUAGAAGUUUUGUAUUUAGAGACAUGAUAGCAGGGAUGUUUUCAUACAUUAUUUGUUUUUUUUCAGAGAAUAUGCAUAUAUACUUCAUGGAUAUUUUUUUGUAUUGCUGCUUGAAUAUAUGCAUUUCCAAGAUAGAGGUUGAAGAGUGUGUGUGCGUGUGUGUCUAUUUCCCCCGCGAGGCUCUGGCUGGCUUUCCUCAAGACUUUACCUGAAUAUUUUGGGGUAAUCUUAGACAAGCUUUUAUUUUGAAGGGGUGACUUUUAAGUCAUGCAUUACUCAGAUGUUAAACUUACAAUACAUUUUAGUACCUUUGUACUAAAUCUAUGAACUGUGUUUUUAAAAGUCUAGUGACUCCUUACGCUUAAUAUGUUUCUGCUUGUCAUGCAGUGAAAGUUGAUGCCUCCGGUUUCCUUUUUGGUUUCCUUUUAUUUUCCUAUUGAUAGCUUGGCUCUUAUGUUUCUGGUGGACCAGUGGUUGGUGUGCUUUAUCCCUGGUCCAGAUGUUACUACCUGUGUCUUUAGGGCAGCCAUGGCCCAAAUGUGUUUCUAGGCUGGUCCUUGUAGGUCGUACAGGCUAUACUAUUAGUAACCUUAGGACCACUAUGCGAAUAUAUUGUAUUUUUGUGUGUGUGUGUGUGUGAGUGAUUGGGUUGAGUGUGAAUGUGAACAAUAGUUACUUAAACACUUGAAGGACUCCCCUGCCACGAACUUGACAUUCUCCAGGAACUUGACCACAAGUUCAAAGCAGCUCAGUUUGGCCUGAGGUAGUUUUUAUUUCUGAGAACAUAUUUGUUUCUAUCUAGGUAAGAUAGUGGACUGUGGACAUAUCUUGCACUUGGAGUAUUUGAUAAAUGUAGUAUUCAUAGUCCUAGCUUUUAGAGUUUGGAAAGAACAUGUUCCUAUCUGCACCAGAACUCUGAAGUGAAGCGUGUUAGUUUUUUCCCCUCUUGUGAUCAUAUUUGCUGUUAUUUUUGUGUUAUUUUGUUAUUACUACAGCAGCACUACUGCAUAAUUUGUCUGAAUGAAGUGGGCCGUUCAGUGUGGAGCAAUCGAGUGCUACAGAAUGUAUGACUGCUAAUCGUGCUUAUAGUCAUCUGUGUCUUGCAUUUCCAGGCAAGGUUUUAUUGCCCCGUGUAGCUCAGUUGGUAGAGUAUGGCGUUUGCAACGCCAGGGUUGUGGGUUCGAUUCCCACGGGGGGCCAGGAUGAAAAAUGUAUGCACUCACCAACUGUAAGUCGCUCUGGAUAAUAGCGUCUGCUAAAUGACUAAAAUGUAAAUGUAAAAUGUACCGAAGUAGGUAUACUUCACACAUUGGGUUUGGGGAAGGGGUAAAUUAAAUAUUUUAAGUGACUGAAAGCUUUAUAUUCCAAUGCUCUGGAAAGACUUGCUGGUAAUACAGGGACACAGGUGACUGGAGCAAACCUUUUGUAGGACUGUUUGAGCCACUUGACGGUAGACUUUUCUGCAAACAUCCCUGUUCUAAUAAAUUGCUUAGAAGUGUUAAAUGUA